CCAGCCCCGAACCCACGUCGUCGAAUCGAAUCCCCGUCACCACAACACCAAGCCGUCGAGAUGGUGCGAUACGCUGCGACUGAGAUCGAACCCGCCAAGUCGGCCCGCGCCCGCGGUGCCUACCUCCGUGUUUCUUUCAAGAACACCCGCGAGACCGCCCAGGCCAUCAACGGCUGGAAGCUGCAGCGUGCUGUUACCUUCCUUGAGAACGUCAAGGAGCACAAGGAGGCCGUCCCCAUGCGCCGAUAUGCCGGCAGCACUGGCCGCACUGCUCAAGGAAAGCAGUUCGGUGUCUCCAAGGCCCGCUGGCCCAUCAAGUCCGCCGAGUUCCUCCUCGGUCUCCUCAAGAACGCUGAGGCCAACGCUGAUGCCAAGGGCCUCGACACCGGUGCCCUCAUCGUAAAGCACAUCCAGGUCAACCAGGCCCCCAAGCAGCGCCGCCGAACGUACCGUGCCCAUGGUCGUAUCAACCCAUACAUGUCAAACCCCUGCCACAUCGAGCUCAUCCUCACCGAGGCUGAGGAGGUUGUCCAGAAGUCCGAGGAGGUUGUUGGCCGUGAGGACCUCCGCCUGAACUCGAGACAGCGCGGUGCCCGCGUCCGCCAGGCCAUCACCGCCGCAUAA